AUGGCUGAUACUGCGCGUCCAAUGCUGCCCCUUUAUCAGCGCAGCUACGAUCUGGACUCGGAAGUGGGUCUGCCAGUCGUGCCCAAGGAGUGUCCAAUUGUGCGCUUACCCUAUGCACCUGUACAGGACGGCCAUAUAAUGGGCAACUGUGCGGAAUACAAAACACGGAAAGCGGUCAAAUUGCAGCAAUUGCAAGAUUUAACAGCAGUGAAAGCUACCGAAGUUUGGGAUCAAAAAUUGGUAGUGGUGGCCAGUCAGGAGGAGCGUUUUAUGGCGCUUAAGCCUAUUAAUGGAUUGCCACCCACGGAUCUCACGCCACCACAGUAUGUAUUCUGGGAAUGCGUUGGACGAGCUCGUUACAAUGGCGAGACUACAGCUGGACCUUGGUCACUGACGCAGUAUUUCAAAGACAGCAGCUUUAUCUUUCAUUUGAAAUCAAAGUUCUUGCAAAUGCAGCUACUGGCGGUGCAAAGUUAUCCGGAACGACAUAAUGGACGCACUAUUAACUCCAUACUGAUAAUGCUGCCCAGAUUUUAUAGCAUUUACAAGAGUCAUAUGCAGCGCCUGCUGGAAAAGCUAUAUGUACAACUUAAGCAGCGUCCCAACGGGCAAAUUGCCGUCACUGAAAUAGUUGAGCAUUUGGACGACUUAACCAAUGCUCAGCUAAAAAAGCUAAUGACUGCUCAUCAUUUUCGACGGUUUUAUGAGACUACACAGGUUCUAAAGCCAUCCAGUAAGGAGACAGGAAAACCACGCAAGGUGACCGUGCUACAGCUGCGCAAUCCUCAGCUUAAGUUCGAGGAACUCAAUCUAACGCAGUGCGCUGAGGCGAAGGAGGAAAAGCAGUCGGUGGAUUUUCUUAGCCGACAGCAUGCCUAUGUGGAUAUGCCCCUAGAGCACGAAUGCCUGCGCGCCAUCCUGCACUUUGGAGCACGUGGUCUGAGCACCAUCGAGAUGGCCCAAUAUGUGGGCAUUAACAUGCAGAUAGCACGCGCUGUUAUUAAGUACUUGCAAAAUGAGCAACGCAUUAAGGACUAUUUUGAGUCAAAGGGCAAGACACGCAUAGUGCGCUAUGUGGCUGGAACACAGGCAGCAGCAGCUUUGCAACUGGAGCAGGAGCAGCUUGAGCAGACGGCCCAGCAGAUACAAUGCAAAGAGGAACCGCAUAUUUCUGACAAUGUGGACAUAGUAUUCAGCGAUUUGCCAGAGAUAAGCGCCAAUCUGCGUCAGUUAUUCGAAGAUAUGUUGGUCAAACGUGGCGGCGGUUCUGAGUCUAAGCGUCAAUUGCAACGCAAACAGUUGAUCGUGCAGCAAAUUGACAAAAAGUGCAUAUUGCAAACACACGAAUUAAUCAAGUUCAUAACAGAAUCGGAGCGUAAUGCCGGCUGCAAGGAAAUGAUAUGCCGCAAAUCGCUGCUCCGCUUGCUGUUUCGCAUGCAACAAGCGGAGCUGUUGAAUGUGUAUGAGUUGACGUUGCAACAUGAGCAACGCCUGCGCUUGUAUCGCCUGGUAACGCAUCCAAAGAUUCACAUGCAACAUGAGCAUCUGCAAAGAGAGUUGCUGCGGUUUAAGCACAACUUUCGGCUGACGAAUGAUGAACGCUUGAGCCGCUCCGAGAAUCAGCCAAGCAAAGCACAAACACAGCGCAAAUUGCAACAACCAGCGUCGGCGUCGGCAGCAGUUCGCCAGAGUUCGGUGCCCAAGUUGCUGCUCGCACGUACUAUGCACGAAUUUCUUCACUAUUUGGUGCGUGAGCAGCCAGCGCAGCAGCAGCCUCUAAAUCUUACUACGGAACUAUUGCAGCAUUGGCAGCGCACGGAGCCUGCGUUGCCAGUGCGUGAAUAUCUAGAGGAGUGGCAAACAGAGCAGCCGCACGUCUCACCCUACACGCAGGAAAUAAACUGGCGCACAUUUAUACCGCCCUUACCUAGCUAUGAACAAAAGCCUGCUGGCUGGCUAUUUUUUAUGGAUGCCGUAGAUCGCUUGCCGCUGUCGCUUGUCAUGCGUAUUUUUCGUUUGGAUCGUGAGGUCAGCGAGCAGCUACGUCCACUGCUGCAGCAUCCAGUACGUCAGCAUUACUUGCUGCGCCAGCUAAGCCAGCGGACUCUUAUACCAAGACUGCGACUGUACCAGCUGCUGGCCAGCACACUCAGGCUCCUCAAUCAUAUGGGACUGCUACAAGUGAGCACGCAGCAGGUGGGACGCGACACGCUGCAUUGUUGGGUUUAUCUGAAUGCACGCAGCACGUUGCUGGAGACUACUACGAGCGCGGGACACAACUACAAUCGUAUUAGCAGCGAAUGCAAAUACGAGCAGUUGAAGUUUGAGUUUACGCAACGCUCGGAUCUAGCCGAGUACUGGGCCAAGCUGCAGCAUGUGUGCGUCUAUACGAAGUUGGGCUUUCGCAAGCACAAGCAGAAGCGUGAGCCCAAGCGUCAUCAGCCCUUGAGCUUUGUCAGCAGCGUUGAGUUUGAGCAGGCGCCACAGCUGGAUGUGGGCAGCGUGCCAGGCGAUCGGUUAGGCGCUGGCGGUCUAGACUCUGGGCUCUUUGCGCAUCAGCUCCGUCAUUGGUCUUGGGUCAAGAGGAGCAGCAAGGAGCUUAGCCCUGGCAAGGCUAGCAGCUCUCGAGCUACCAGCGCUGGACCAUUGCCCGCACGCAAGCGCAUUAGUCUCAUGCGCCUAAAGCUUAUGCCCAAGACGCAAUCAAAGAAAUCACGCAAUGCCAAGUCGACAGAUGAGGCACGAAAACGCAAGGCGGGUCCGCGCGAUGACAUUGAUCGCGAUGCUCUGCGUAACAUGCGCACUUUGCGGGUCACCUGGUCCAACGCAGAGGACAAGCUGCUCAAGCUCGGCCGCGCCGUCUAUUUGUUUAUUGAUGCGCCUUUGUUAGCUGUCGCGCUCUUCCAUGUGGGCACCAUUUGCCGUGAUGUCAUCCGUCAGUAUUUGGGCAUUUGCAACAAGACCACGCAGGCUUGUGUGCGUCGCAUGCAGUUCCUUAUACGCAUGAAGCGCGAUCUGCCCGAUGUGCCCAAUUGGGUCUACAUUAUGCAAACGCACGCCGAGUUUACUUCCCUCUACAACGAACAUUUUCUGGCGGAUCUCAAGCGGGAGUAUCCCACACGCACUGAGUUCAACGAUGCGCUGCUCAUUCAUUUCGUGCUGAUUCUCAACAAGCUGCAUCGCUUGGUUAACGCUGUGAACAUGGUACGUCGUCAGUUUCUUCUGCCCGAUAAUCUGGAAGAUUACCAACGCCGCUUCAGGGAGUGCAUACCAUUAAAUGCCGAAGUCGAGCAGCUCUUCUAUGCAGAUCCCACAACUGAAACAGAGCUACAAGUAACCGUAGCUAUAGGCGUGUUGCACAGCAUUCUCUGCUGCGCCAAGGACAAGACGCUCUUCAAUCUGCAAGCCUUUGAGAUAUACAAGCACUUCUCAGAGGACGUGCUCAAUGCGGCAUUCACCAAGGCGCGCACGGACUCCUUGCUGGUGGCAGUCAAGCGUCGCAAUAUACAGACCAUUACUCGCCAGAUGUCGGGUCCGGCGCACCUGCUUAGCUCCAAGUACAAGUAUCGAUUGGUGUAUCAGCGUCUCAACCAUGUGAUCUAUGAUGCAUACUAUGUGUGUGAGCAACACUUGCUCAAGGAGCAACUGCAGCUGAGUUCGCCUAAUUUUGCGCAGUUCCUGUUGCUGGGCGAAUGGCUGGCCAACCGACGGCUCAAGCUGGUGCUGCAGCUUCCAGCCAAUAUACUCACCGUGGACACCAGCAGCAUGUCGCAUCAACGGGGCACGGCCACAGAUCGCAUAUUGGAUCAUUAUAGCAGCAUAUUUGACAACGCACCGCAGACGGAGUACGCCAAGCGCUUGGAGACCGAGUGCAGCAGUCGACAGACAGCUCGGGUGCGCUUCCAUCCCGCCAAUAUAAGCUAUCGCAUUCAGAGCAGUCCCUAUAACCAGCUCUCCAAGCUACCGCUGCGCGCUAUGCACUUCUUCUGUGCCGUGGACUCGCUUGGACAGUCUGUGAACAUAAGCAGCGCACGCUUGGAGCAGGGCGAGUGUCCCUUUUGCUGCAUCAUGCGCAGCGGCAAUUACCUCAAUGCUGUGGAACGCAUCGUCUAUGAGCAUCGCGCUGUCUUCAAGCAGCUGGCAGCGGAUGCCUUUGCCAUUGUGCCGUUAGACCUGCAGCUGGGCAGCUCUACAGCGGCUAGCACUACAGUGACCGUUUCAACGGGUAACCUGAUGACUCUGGUGCAGCAGCUGGAAGCCUAUUGGCGCCAGCAGCAGCAAGCGCAGGAGUGCAAGGAUGUAGGCAAAGUACUGGCCGAACGCACGCUCUAUAAGUUAACCAAUUGGCGCACGUUGUGCAGUGAUCUCCUGGACUAUGAGGCGGGCAAACAGGAGACGGAACGCACACAGGAGUAUGAGCCAGCGUUGAAUAAAGAGGAGCGUGCCCGCGUCCAAGAUGUGUUUGUUGUGCAUCUGCCCACUAUACAACUGGAGCAGGCAGAGCAACAACAAGAGCGUGUGAAGCAACAGGAAGAGACUCGCAGAACUGUGCUUGAUAAGGUGGCCAAAGCCACGUAUUGGCGCUAUACGGACAACACCUUCGAGACGCUGCUGCUCACAUUGGAAGACAAAAGUUAUGACCAGAAUGCCAUACGACAUAUGCGUGAGAUUUUGGAACACAUAGAGCAGCGACCAUUGGGGGUACCGGGCACAGAACUGCGACGUAGUUUUCCCCUGGGCAAAUUUCUGCUGCUGGCACUACAUGAGCUGGCUGAACAUGAUCUCAUCAAGCGUGUAGGCGUGGCUAAUCAAAUGUAUGUGCACAAGACGCACAUGCGCAACUGGGUCGUGCACACAUUUCACAUCAAGCGUUUGGAGAGGGAGCGCGUGCAGACCCAGGUGGCUGUCGCUCCGGCCACACCGCAAGCUGUAGCGGGACAGAAGCGUAAGCUGGCAGAGUUGAAAGAGGUGCCCGAGCAGCCCAGUACUAGCAAACAGGCCAAACUGGCAGUGGAAAUAAAUAGCAGCGAGGAUACCGAAAGCGAUGAGCUGCUCACCCGCAACACGCGACGCUCUAAGCGUUGUAAGACUGCCAAAGAGAAUAAGACAGAAGCUAAUAGCUCCACAUCAGAGGAUACACGCGAUGUAAUCGUAAUGCGUCCACAGCCUUGGAUACGUGUAAAUGCCUCGCUAAAUCGCCGUGUGCUGGAUCGCUGGAUGGGAACUCUGCUCAGCGAGUGCAUUUCUCACAAUGGGUGUACUGUGCACAGCUUAUGCUUGCGCUUUCCUCAUUUGACGCCAGUGGAUGUUAUGUUUUUGCUCGAGUUGCUUUAUGAUUUGGGUUGCAUACAUUUGAUGGAGCUAGAGCCGCCUACGCUGCAUGUGGAGACCUCCUUCGAGUAUGAGCUAAAGGAGCAACAGGUUACGGAGCUAUAUGACCCGGCUUAUACGUAUGUGAAGGUGCAUAGUGACGCCAUUGGAAGCCUGACUGGAUUUGUAGGUCUGAAGAAAUACAAUUCAGAGUUUAUCUAAUUUUAGUUUAAACUAAGCAAACACGCUCGAAACAUAUUCAGAUAUGCCGAAGUAAGAGAUUCCAAAUUUCUUCGACUUCAUUAAUGCAGGCAGAAUAA